GCCAUUUCCGGUGGGGUUUUAAUUUGAAAGACCCUUCCCGGUAAUGACGUUUCCGGAAGCCUGCCCUUCAGCGGGAAAGCGGAAUGUUGACGUCCUGUGAAUGAAAGUGACAAGUGAGUUAAAAUGGACAAAGCAGACGCGGACAAAAAGCGUCCCCCGCCGGUAAAGGUCUUAUCCGGCCAGUUAAGAACAGCGACUGAGACGCGGGGGACUUCCGGCGAGCAGAGCGGUGCCGGGUGGCUGCUGAAGCUGAGCAGGAGUCGCCUCCUGCCGGCGUCCCUGGUGUGGAUGCAGGGCACCGUGAUGGAAGUCCAACUGGAGCUCAACAGUGUGCUGCUCAUGGACGACACGGGCACGUUCACCGUCCAGGGCGUUAACAACAUCCCUAAAGGCAAACCGUGCUUGUCGUCAGGUAAAUACGUGAUGGUGAUGGGCGCCGUCCAGGCUGUCUCCCCAGAGCCGGUCAUCCGCGCCGUGAAGAUGGCGGAUCUCUCCGAGCAGGCGGACCUUCACAGGAAGAUGUGGACCCUGGAAGUGGAGGAGCUGCAGCAGGUGUUAGUGCCAGGAUGAUCAUUGGGAGCAGGGGAGUCAAACGUGCGGGCCUUAACAGGUUUUUAGCCGACCCGCGAGGUGAAUUUGCUUAGUAUAAAAAUGAGCGGAAAUUUUUCGAAUGAAAUUAACUGGAUUCCGCAAUAGCAAAUCUUUGUAUCCGGGCAUGACCUAAGAGAAGGCGGAGCUAUACAAAAUGUGGAUUGUCAAAUAUGUUGUUGGUAAUGUAACCUGUGAUAUUUAUACCAAAAUAAAUGCCUUA